CUGUGCUGUGGUCUGGGUGGAUACCAGAGUAUAACUCCAAAACGGAACUCUCAGGGCGUGGUCAGUCACAGUCUGAUACCGUCGUGCUACUGCUGAGCCCGAGUGUCUUCAGUAAGGAGAGAAGAAGAAGCUGAAUAGUUGGAGGGGGAAGAGGUCUGCUGCAGUCUAAGGCAGAAGCAGAUUGUCUUUGCUGAACAGGGAAGGAGAGGCUGGAUAGUUAGAGGAGAAGAGAACCAGACCAAAAGAUUACCUGCUUUUACUUAUUAUGUUUCUAGAGGAUGUAAGAUAACGACAGAAGACAGAGGUAUCUGAACAGAAGACAGAGGGAUCUGAACAGAAGACAGGAGGGUCUGAACAGAAGACCUGAACAGAAGACAGGAGGAUCUGAACAGAAGACAGAGGGAUCUGAACAGAAGACAGGGGGAUCUGAACAGAAGACAGGAGGGUCUGAACAGAAGACAGAGGGAUCUGAACAGAAGACCUGAACAGAAGACAGGGGGAUCUGAACAGAAGAUCUGAACAGAAGACAGGGGGAUCUGAACAGAAGACAGAGGGAUCUGAACAGAAGAUCUGAACAGAAGACAGGGGGAUCUGAACAGAAGACAGGGAUCUGAACAGAAGAUCUGAACAGAAGACAGGGGGAUCUGAACAGAAGAUCUGAACAGAAGACAGGGGGAUCUGAACAGAAGACAGGGAUCUGAACAGAAGAUCUGAACAGAAGACAGGGGGAUCUGAACAGAAGAUCUGAACAGAAGACAGGGGGAUCUGAACAGAAGACAGGGAUCUGAACAGAAGAUCUGAACAGAAGACAGGGGGAUCUGAACAGAAGACAGAGGGAUCUGAACAGAAGACAGGGGGAUCUGAACAGAAGACAGAGGGAUCUGAACAGAGAAGUAGAAUAUAAGACUGGUAUAAGAGCGCAACUCUUUUUGAAGCAUUGCCUUUUUUCCAGUACUUUUAGAAUGUGCUGCAAAAAGUACUGGUAACAAACUCACUGCAUGACUCACUGCAUGACGAAAUGCUUUUUUCUGGUUACUUUUUCCAUGCUGAUGUUUCUUCCCCACAAAAUAUUUUAGAGCUCUGGCAUGUGGUAUCCCCAAUAAAACCCUUCAACGUUUGGAGGAUCUAUCAAAGAUUAUAAAUACUCAAACUUCCAUCAACUGUUACAGCGGCUACAAAAAGAGGUUUUCAUUUGAGAUGCCCUUUUCUUAUUUGUCAAGUUAUUGUCCUUUGGAGCAGAGGCAGGGUGUGUUUCUUCAGGUGUGUAGAUGUAUUAUUUCACAUCAACACUGAAUGGCCAUAUUGUGUUGGACUAACGCAGCAUUACCUGGAUUGGAGACAAAUUAAAGUACAUGAAGGAAAAAGUACACGAGGAACAUGGACUCAGAAAAGGAAGAUAAUGCAAACAGCAACUGUCUUGUCCAACCAGAAGACAUCAUUUCAGAGUCUCAUUUGGGUAUAUAUGGUGAGUCAACAGACCAAUCAGAUGACUGCAUUUCAGAAAGGCUGUAUCCACAAGGAUAUAGUGGGUCAACUGACCCUGUUGAACAGAGAGUGAUGGUAGACAAACAUAGGAACCGUUUGUCAUCAGAGGACUGCAGUAUGGAGGAGCCUAUAGACACACAGAAUACCACAGACAGAGCCAAUCAGGACAUGACAACUGACUGUCCCAGUACAGACAAGUUGGAAUCAACAGACCAGUCAACAAACAACCGUCAUCAAGAUAGGGUCGCAAACAAUCAUGAUAAAGACAAAGUCAAGGAGAUGAAGCACACAGAGGUGUCGACAGACAACUACAACAGGCUGGCCUGGUUAACAGACAGUGAAACCAAUCCAAGAGCCAGAAGUUAUCAGGAAAUAUUUACAUAUGAUAACCACAGCCAAGACUCACCUGCUGACAGCAAAGACUUACCUGCUGCUGAUGUUGUAGCCAGAGACCUUGCUAACCCCUCUGCAGUAAUGGCUGGGGAACCUGCUACUAGUACACCACUACCUUCAAACACCAGAAAACUGGUGAUAACCAUGACCAGGACUGAGCCUAUAUCUGAUGACCGGCAGCAUACAGCCUCUGAAACUGAGAGUCUUUUAGAGACUGGAGAGGCUGAAACUGAGAGUCUGUUAGAGACUGGAGAGGCUGAAACUGAGAGCCUGUUAGAGUCUGGAGAGGCUGAAACUGAGAGGCUGUUAAAGGCUGAAGAGGCUGAAACUGAGAGUCUGUUAGAGACUGGAGAGGGUGAAACUGAGAGUCUGUUAGAGACUGGAGAGGCUGAAACUGAGAGGCUGUUAGAGUCUGGAGAGGCUGAAACUGAGAGGCUGUUAAAGGCUGGGGAGACUGUUAACACACUGGUUGAGGAACUUCCUCACGCAUCUGCUCCUGUGUCUGAGAUCACAGCCCAUUCUACAGCCCAGUCCUCUCAGCCCUGUAGUACCCAGGAUGGAGUCCCAACCCCAGCACCAGCCAGUCCCCAGGAUGGAGUCCCAGCACCAGCCAGUCCCCAGGAUGGAGCCCCAACCCCAGCACCAGCCAGUCCCCAGGAUGGAGUCCCAACCCCAGCAACAGCCAGUACCCAGGAUGGAGUCCCAACCCCAGCACCAGCCAGUCCCCAGGAUGGAGUCCCAGCACCAGCCAGUCCCCAGGAUGGAGUCCCAACCCCAGCACCAGCCAGUCCCCAGGAUGGAGUCCCAGCACCAGCCAGUCCCCACGAUGGAGCCCCAGCACCAGCCAGUCCCCAGGAUGGAGUCCCAACCCCAGCACCAGCCAGUCCCCAGGAUGGAGUCCCAACCCCAGCACCAGCCAGUACCCAGGAUGGAGUCCCAACCCCAGCACCAGCCAGUCCCCAGGAUGGAGCCCCAGCACCAGCCAGUCCCCAGGAUGGAGUCCCAACCCCAGCACCAGCCAGUCCCCAGGAUGGAGUCCCAGCACCAGCCAGUCCCCAGGAUGGAGCCCCAGCACCAGCCAGUCCCCAGGAUGGAGUCCCAACCCCAGCACCAGCCAGUCCCCAGGAUGGAGUCCCAGCACCAGCCAGUCCCCAGGAUGGAGCCCCAGCACCAGCCAGUCCCCAGGAUGGAGUCCCAACCCCAGCACCAGCCAGUCCCCAGGAUGGAGUCCCAGCACCAGCCAGUCCCCAGGAUGGAGCCCCAGCACCAGCCAGUCCCCAGGAUGGAGUCCCAACCCCAGCACCAGCCAGUCCCCAGGAUGGAGUCCCAGCACCAGCCAGUCCCCAGGAUGGAGCCCCAGCACCAGCCAGUCCCCAGGAUGGAGUCCCAACCCCAGCACCAGCCAGUACCCAGGAUGGAGUCCCAACCCCAGCACCAGCCAGUACCCAGGAUGGAGCGCCAACCCCAAGACCAGCCAGUCCCCAGGAUGGAGCCCCAACUCCAGCACCAGCCAGUUCCCAGGAUGAAGUCCCAAACCCAGCCAAGGCCAGUCCCCAAGAUGGGCUCCUAGCCUUAACCACAGGUCCAACCAGUGGCCCUCCCUCUGGCACCACCUCCACCAGAACCACCUUCUCCCCCGGUUCCCCAGUGGACAAGCCCCUCCAAUUCCCUGCCUUGUUCAGUGGUCUGAGGAUCCCAAAGAAAGGGGUGACAGUGCCGGAUCAGGACAUAGUGGGUAAGAUCAAAACACCAGCCCCAGCAGUUCUCAGUGUGAACAAGCUUGUGAGGAGAAAGCUGAAGACAGUUCGCAGGAGGCAGGGGAGCUUCUUGGACCAGCUCUCCCAGUUCCUGAACCUGGAGAAGGAUGUCAACAGUAAGACAGAGGAGUUUACAGGAGAUGACAGGAGGGAGAUUACAGGAAAGGAGAGGAAGGAGUCUACAGGAGAGGAGAGGAGGGAGAUUACAGGAAAGGAGAGGAAGGAGUCUACAGGAGAGGACAGGAGGGAGAUUACAGGAAAGGAGAGGAAGGAGUCUACAGAAGAGGAGAGGAGGGAGUCUAUAGGAGAGGAGAGGAAGGAGUCUACAGAAGAGGAGAGGAGGGAGUCUUCAGGAGAGGACAGGAGGGAGUCAGAGCCCUCAGAUGAGUCCGAAGAAGUCAAAGUUGAACCUGAGGAUGGGAUGGAGGAGAAGGAGAAGACAGAACAGGAAGAGGGAGGUGAACGGCAGAAAUCAGGAGAGGAGAAAAAGACAGACCAGGACACAGAGAAAGAGAAGACUGAAGUUCUGUCUGUGAUAGACCCUCUGGAAUCUUCAGAACCUUCACAUUCUCUAGAACUCUCAGAACCUUUAGAACCUCAGAAGCCUCCUCCCACCAGUGCGGAGGUGGCGUUCGAUGCCUUCAAGGCCUUCUUCAUCCCCAGGCCCCUGAGGAGAGAGGGAGACAGGGGGGACCAGGAGGCAAAGAGGAAGGCCUGGAUCUUUGAGAGAACCUCCAAGACUCCUGAAAAGAAACACCUCACUGACUCAAAAUUGGAGACAUCGAUCUCAGGUGAUGGAGAGGACCGGUCCACCCCAGGCCGUCUGCAGGCCAUCUGGCCCCCGACUAAGGAGGAGAAGGUUGGACUGAAAUACACAGAAGCAGAACACCAGGCAGCCCUCCUGCAGCUGAAGAGAGAAUGCAACGAGGAGGUGAAGAAGAUACAGGAGGACUAUGGGAAGCAGCUGUACCAGCUGAGAGGGGACAACGAAGAGUGUGUAUCCCAUCUGGAGGUCACCUUGGCCAGGCUACAAAGUGACUUGGCCCUGGGUGCCCACCAUCGCCGUGGAGACCUCCGAGACGUGGCCGUAUCCACGGGAGAUGACCUCUCAUCCCGGGCCUUCCGCACCGUGUGCGUCCAGACGGACCCCAUGACCUUCCCCCAACCCCCCCUCAACUUGCCUAAGAGACUGGACCUGGUUUCUAUCAGUCUAAAUCUGUCUGGACAGACUACCUCUCCCUCUUCUUCCCCCGUUCAUCUCCCACCACCUCCUGCUCCUCCACUCUCACUAUCCGAACCACCUGCACCUCAUGAAGGCUUAUUAUCAGGCAACCUAGCCCCACCUCCCCCUCCUCUUCCUCCUCCUCCUCCUCCUCCUCCUCCUCCUCUUCCUUUCCUUCCUGCUCUAACCCAGACCCAGGGACUCGACGGGCCCCCUCCAUCUCUUCCACCCCCUCCACCAGGAUCCGCCCCUCCAACUCCACCCCCUCCACCAGGCUGUGGCCCCCCACCACCUCCCCCUCCAGGGUGUCUGACAUUCAGUACCAUGUUAGAUAAACCCCCCAGGAAGCCGGCUGUGCAACCAGCCUGCCCCAUGAAACCUCUCUACUGGACCAGGAUACAGACACAGGACAACAAUAAAAACACACUGUGGAACUCUCUUGAGGAACCAGACAUCAUCAACACCACAGAGUUUGAAGACCUGUUCUCCAAGACCACCAUACAGACCAAGAGAAAACCUCUGGCAGAGGCCUAUGAGAAGAAAGCCAAGGCCAAGAAGGUCAUCAAGCUGCUGGAUGGGAAGCGUUCCCAGGCUGUAGGGAUUCUCAUCUCUAGUCUGCACCUGGCGAUGAAGGACAUACACGAAGCUGUGCUGAAUGUGGACAACUCCGUAGUGGACGUGGAAACCAUCCAGGCUUUAUAUGAAAACAGAGCCCAGCCUGAUGAGCUGCAGCGGAUAAAGAAACACUACCAAACGUCCGAGGAGGAGCAGGUCAAGCUGCUGGACAAACCUGAACAGUUCCUGUUUGAGUUAUCUCAGAUACCAGACUUCCCAGACAGGGCUUCAUGUAUCAUCUUCCAGUCUGUCUUCAUAGACGCCAUCGACUCCAUUCAGCACAAGUUGGACAUUGUCUCUCGCGUCUGCAAGGAUCUGAUGGACACCUGCAGUGUGAGGGAGGUGAUGGGUCUGAUUUUAGCCCUGGGGAACCACAUGAACGGGGGCAACAGGACCAGAGGACAGGCAGACGGCUUCGGACUGGAGAUCCUGCCCAAACUAAAGGAUGUCAAGAGCAGGGACAACCGUAUCAGUCUGGUUGACUAUGUGACAUCGUACUAUCUCCGCAACCUGGACGAGAACGCUGGAACAGAGAGAAGUGUAUUCCCUCUCCCUGAGCCUCAGGAUGUGUUCCUGGCUGCCCAGGUCAAGUUUGAAGACAUCUCCAAGGACCUGAGACAGCUGAGACGAGACCUGACAGUGUGUGAGAAAGGGGUUCAGAAGGUGUGUUGCAGCUCUCCAGAAGAACACCUCCAGCCGUUUAAGGACAAAAUGGAGUCGUUUGUUCUGAUUGCGAGUAAUGAACAAGAUGAAGUGCAUGCCCAGUUGAUGUUUGCACAAAAAAGCUUCCACGAGCUGGUGACGUUCUUAGGGCUGAAGCCCAAGACAGGAGAGACCGAGGUGGCGACAGGUCACUUCUUCAUGCUGUGGUUUGAGUUCUGUACCGACUUCAAGACCAGGUGGAAGAGAGAGAACAAGAAUAUAUCCAAAGAGAGGCUGAAAGAGGCCCAGCUGUCGGUGAAGAAGAUUACAGCAGACAAGAAGGUGGAGACUAGGAAGAUCAACCCUAACAGUCUGAAAGACAGGCUACGCCAGAAGGAAGCUAACAUGGUGGCCACAAGCUGAGAGACAGAACAGGAGAGGGAAGAAAUUCAUGAGAAAACUGACGAGUUGGUUUGUGAGGUAAGUGGGGACUUCUCCCACCCCUUUAGCCACCCACACAGGGGGAUCAGGAUCACACCAGUCUCUGUUCCUGCCCACCCUCUUAUACACCAAGCCUGGAACACUGCCAUCUGACCCCUGCUCGAGACUAGAGGAAACCCCACAUACUAUGGUUCUCAGGUCACGAAGCUGCAGAUGGAUUCACUGACCAACAGGGUACUACUGGCAAUAGGGGGAUCAUGACUAUUUUCUUGUUUAUUUUUUUUAUGGGAGUAAUGUAUAUUCAUUUAAAAUGUGGUGGAUUCUCCACCUCAUCCUAAGGACGUUCAUGUUUAAAAAAUAAUAAAUGUUUUUCAGUCAAAUAUCUGGUCAAAUGAAACAAGACAGUGUGUUUAGAUUGUAUGGGAAACGUUGUGUGAUUGUAUGGGAAACGUUGUGUGAUUGUAUGGGAAACGUUGUGUGAUUGUAUGGGAAACGUUGUGUGAUUGUAUGGGAAACGUUGUGUGAUUGUAUGGGAAACGUUGUGUGAUUGUAUGGGAAACGUUUUCUCGUGUAGAUUUGUUUAUGUUUUGUUUUCUGUAUCAUGUUUUUCACCUUACAUUUCCACUGUCAAUCAUUAUAUCAAUGUAGAUAUCAAUCAUCUAUGUAUCUUACCAUCGGUCUCUGUUAUUACAACUUCCCAGCAACCCCAAAACAGUUCAACAAGGUGUACAAAUACGAGUUUAUUCACCAACCACUUUAUAUACUGUACAUAAAUAAUACAAUAGCAUGAACGUUAAGCGACGUCUAACUAUGCAGGUUUUAAAUGAUUUGCCAACAUUCAUUGACAACAAACUCCUCAACAGUUCCUGAAGUGAGCGUGUCCACUGAGAAUGAUACUUAGUGACAUUUGGAAGAAAUUAUGCAUUUUGACCUCAAAAACAACUUUUUGUUCAAACAUUAUUUUUUUAAAUUUAUUUUUUUACAAAUCAACACAGAACUAAAAAGAAGAAGAAAUCAGUUGAACACUAUUAAAUCUGUAAAUCAUGUCAUGUGAUUAUGACCUCAAAUGUAUUGAUGUGAAAGUUUAAUUGUAUUUAUGUGAACUAUUUAUAAUUGUAAAAUGUGAAAAACUUCAAUAAAGAUUCUUUUUAAAAAGAAAAAAGGAAACAAUACUUAUU